UGCAAGAGUGGUUGAGGGGAAAAGAGCUCCACUCAUCAUCUGGAACUCCACUGCAAGAACAGAGCCAUGAAAAGGGUUUGGUUUGCUGUACUAGCACUGGUAUACCUGGAGCACCUGGAGCUUUCCAUGAAGGUUGGCACUGCGCCGAUAUGUGCCUAUGGACAGGCUGGAUGCCACAUUCUUUCCCUGGCAGAUUUCUUUGACCGGGUCAUACAACAGUCUUCGAGAAUGCACGGCAUCUCCAGUGAUCUGCACUCUGAAUUUGAGCAAUAUUUCUUUCCCAGCAAGAACUCCAUAGGAAAACGGAAGUGUCACACAUACGCCAUACUGACACCAGAUGAUAAGGAGAAUGCACAAAGGCUAGGGAGAGAGGAACUGACAGAGGUUAUCCUGAGGCUGCUGGAGGCCUGGGGUGACCCCCUGUCACAACUGUACUGGAGCAUGUCUCAAGAUCAGAAUCAAGACUUCAACCAUUACAGCUCUAACAAGGCACUGGAGAUCAGUGAUAUGGUGCAUGAGCUGAGGGAUGGAGUGGAAAAAAUGGCUGAGAAGAUGAAGCUAUUGGGAGUGCUCGGUAACACUGUCAGUUACAUCUCCCCUGAGAGUUUGGUGCCCUCUUCUGCCUUGUCCUUCUACAAACAAGGAGAACUCGACUCACUGGACCAUCAUGAUCUACUCUACUGCUUCCGCAGAGACUCCAACAAAGUCAAGAAUUAUCUCCAGAUCCUGAAAUGCACCACCCUUCCUGGACUGGACUGUUAAUAGUAAUAGCAAUAGCGUUUUUCUUUCUUAUUUACCGUUAACCAUGAUAGUCUUACUGUUGUCUUACUGUGCUUACAUCCUUUGUAAUGGACGCAAGGGACCUCUGCUGCCUUCCAUUUAUAGUUGAGGAUUGUGUCUGCCACUUGCAAUAUUGUUGUCCAAGCUAACUGAAUAAUUUUGCCAUUGAGCAUGUAAAGGUAAAAAAAAUAAAACUUAAA